AAAGAACUUUCCAUUAAAUUUGGAAUAUUCAGAAAUAGAUUCAGAUAGCUGGGGGGUAUGGGGUUGGAUGAAGAAAGUGACUCUCAAAUGCCAUUUUUGGACCCAAAUUAUGUUUCUUCUUCUUCUUCCCACUCAUCUAAGCUUGCCCUCAAAAGAACAGGAAAUGAAUGGACAGCUUUGGCACAUAUAAUUACAGCAGUAAUUGGUUCUGGUGUUCUAUCACUAGCAUGGAGCAUGGCACAGCUAGGUUGGAUUGCUGGUCCAUUGACUAUGCUCAUAUUUGCUUGUGUCUCUCUUACUUCUGUAUUUCUUCUCUGCAAUUGCUAUAAGUCUCCUGAUCCAGAAACUGGCCCUGAUAGGAAUGGCUGUUAUCUUGAUGCUGUACAGAAGAUUUUAGGAAAAAGAAAUGCCUGGUUUUGUGGAAUCGCUGUUCGUAUAAAUUUCAUCAAGCUUGCAAUUAUAUAUACGAUUACAUCCGCCUCCAGUAUACAAGCUAUCCAUAAAUCAAACUGCUAUCAUGAUCAAGGUCACAAGGCUACCUGUGGAUAUGAAAGUACUAGGUAUAUGGUAAUAUUUGGAUUAAUCCAAGUUAUAGUGUCUCAAAUUCCUGAUUUUCCAAAUAUGAAGUGGCUCUCCGUAGUUGCUGCUGUCAUGUCCUUCACAUAUUCAAUUAUCGGAUCAGCACUUGGCUUAGCCAAAGUAAUAGAAAAUGGAGAAAUCAAAGGCAGCAUUACAGGACUGCCAAGUUCUACAGCUGCUGAGAAAGUGUGGUUGGUUGCUCAAGCGCUCGGGAACAUUGCCUUUGCCUUUCCAUUCUCUCUUAUAUUUCUGGAGGUUCAGGACACAUUAAAGGCACCUCCUCCAGAAAAGAUCACCAUGAAGAAGGUCUCAAUAAUGGCAUCCUGUAUUACAACUUUUUUCUACCUUUGCUGUGGAGGAUUUGGUUAUGCCGCCUUUGGUAAUUCCACACCAGGGAAUCUCUUGACAGGAUUCGGUUUCUAUGAACCAUAUUGGCUUGUAGACUUUGCUAAUGCAUGUGUUAUUCUUCAUCUUGUUGGUGGAUAUCAGGUUUUCAGCCAGCCAAUAUUUGCAGAAGUUGAGAGAUGGUUUGUCAGAAAAUUUCCAGAUAGCAAGUUCGUUCACAAGAAUCACACUCUGAAACCUCUAUCAAUGCUGUCAUUUAGUUUGAAUUUUAUGAGAUUAUUCUUCCGAACAGCGUAUGUUGCAAUAAUGACUGGGAUUGCUGUCCUGUUCCCUUACUUUAACCAGGUCGUAGGGGUGUCCGGAGCAAUAACAUUUUGGCCUAUCGUCGUUUAUUUCCCUGCAGAGAUGUACUUGACUCAGAAAAGAAUUGAAAGUUGGAAAAGCAAAGCUAUCGCGUUUCGCGUCUUUACAAUGGUAUGUCUGGUUGUGAUAUUGUACGCAUUUGUUGGGUCUAUCAGAGGAGUUAUUGUUGCUAGGUUCGGGUAAAAAUGCUUCUUCACAUCCCUUCUAGAGCCAAGGGUCUGUCGGAAAUAGCAUCUCUACCUUUCAAGGUAGGGAUAAGCUUUGCAUUCACGCUAUCCUCUCCGAACCCCACUUGUGAGAUUAUACUAGAUAUGUUAUUUACAGAAGAAAUGUAAAUGAAUUCUUAAUAGUUUUAAAAUGCUGAUUAUGUAAA